AUGCGUGACUAUUUUAUUCGCCGCACGCUGCUUGUCAUUCCUACGCUUAUCGGCAUAACGAUGCUGGUGUUUAUGGUCACUCGGUUUGUCCCGGGGGGGCCGCUGGAACGUGCGCUGAUGGAAGCCCAGCAAGCCAGCAUCAGUGCCGGGAGCUCUCGCUCUGUGGGCCAGGGUAUGGCUAUUUCGGAAGAUCAACUUAAUCAGUUACGUGAAUACUACGGUCUCGAUAAACCCUGGUACGAAAGUUACGUGCUGUGGGUGGGCAAAGUUGCACAAGGCGACCUGGGCACCAGUUAUCGCUAUAACGAGCCGGUCUGGGAUGUGAUCAGCCAGCGCUUUCCGAUAUCAAUCUUUUACGGCCUCGCCAGUUUAAUCAUCACGUAUAUCGUCUGUAUUCCUCUGGGCAUCGUCAAAGCCAUCGGGCAUCGAACGCCGAUGGACAACAUCACUUCGAUUAUCGUUUUUGCGGGCUACGCGGUGCCGGGCUAUGUACUGGGCGCAUUGCUGCUGCUGUUUUUCGCAGUAGAACAGGACUUUUUCCCGAUGGGGGGGUUUACCAGUUUCAACUUCGAUGAAAUGAGUGGUGGCGAAAAGGUCAUCGACAUACUCCACCAUGCGACGCUGCCGCUUAUCUGUUACAUGGUGGGCAGCUUUGCUGUCACCACCAUGCUGAUGAAAAACAAUCUUAUGGACAACCUCGCUGCCGACUACGUUCGCACGGCGGUUGCUAAAGGUGUGCCGUUCAAGAAAGCCGUCUCCGGUCACGCGCUGCGAAACUCGAUUAUUCCCAUCGCAACAACCUUUGGUCAGAACAUCACCCUGCUGGUCACGGGUUCAUUCCUGAUCGAAACAAUUUUUGACAUUGACGGUUUUGGACUGCUCGGCCUGACCAGUGUUUUUGAUCGCGACUAUCCGGUUGUUAUGGGCAUCAUUUUCCUCACCAGUCUGCUGUUGCUGGUGGGCAACAUCCUGUCUGAUCUUCUUGUUGCAGCGGUAGAUCCGCGAAUCAAGCUCGGCUACUACUCAGCCAUCACGCUUGUCGUGUUGGUCGUUUUUUCCCUUCUGGCGGAAUUGGUGAUCAACGACCGCGCGUUAUUCAUCAGCUAUAACGGUGAGUGGCAUUUUCCCACCUACAGCGAUGUUGAACUGGGCGCGAACUACGGCUUGACCGGAACAGAUGCCGUCAUACCCGUUGACUACCGUAAACUGGCAACCCACUUCGAAGGCACUGAGCACACGGUCAUCAUGCCGCUGAUACCCUGGGGACCUUAUACCAAUGACACCUCAGAAGGGGUUCUAAAGGCGCAGGGGCCAGACUUUGAGCGCAAACAUUACCUCGGCACAGAUACCACAGGACGAGAUGUGCUCGCACGCCUGGUCUACGGAUUUCGCACUGCGAUAUUUUUUGCCAUUGCCUUCACCGUAUUAACUUAUCUCAUCGGAGUGAGCAUCGGCUGCGCUAUGGGUUAUUUUGGCGGCACAUUUGACCUUUUGUUUCAGCGGGUGAUUGAGAUCUGGUCAAACAUUCCGUUUCUGUACAUGGUCAUCAUUGUCUUUUCCGUCAUUCCCAGUACGUUCGCGAUCAGUACCCGAAUCACCAUCCUGUUGCUGAUCAUGGUGUUGUUCGGCUGGACGGGUCUGACCUAUUACAUGCGCACCGAAACCUACAAAGAAAAAGCCCGGGAUUACACCGCCGCGGCCUUGGUCCUGGGUGCCGGUACUGCACGUGUGCUAUUCCGCCACAUUCUGCCUAACACGAUUUCCACCAUGAUCACCUUUGUUCCUUUCACCGUCGUCAGCGCAAUUACCGCUAUUACGGCGCUGGAUUUCCUUGGCUGGGGCCUCCCACCACCCACACCCAGUAUUGGCGAGCUUUUGAAACAGGGCACUGCCAAUCUGACCACCGCGCCAUGGAUUGUGACCUCUGCCUUUGUGGCCCUGGUCUUUGUCCUGGCUGUUGUCACUUUCAUUGGUGAAGCCGUGCGAGAAGCUUUUGAUCCGCGCAAACCGAUGUACCGUCUUUAUUCUGAAAUGUCAUACGGCUGGCGCACUUUGCUGGUCGCUUCCACCUUGGUCCUGCUCAGCGCCUGCGGUGGUUCGGAUGAGCCUACUGCGGAGCAGUCUGCAGCUGCGGAUGCCGACUUCGCCAGCAAAAAGGCGGCGAUGCUGGCCCAUAUGCAGAACCACUUCGACACCGAGUAUUCGCUUCCACCUGCUGUGCAGGAAGCCGUGGAACGAGGUGAGAUAAGUGCAGAAGAGAUAGACAAACGUGCAGCUGCCGGAGAAUUCGAAAAGUUCUUUCAAUUCAAAACACCCGCGGAUGUGCCUUCCGAUCUGGUCUGGGAAAACGGCAUGGAUCUGCCUGAUAUCGGCAGCGAUCAGGCCACCAAGGGCGGCACCCUGUACCUCAGCUUGAGUGAUUUUCCACGCACGCUGCGCCUUCUCGGGCCGGACUCCAACGGCUCUUUCCGAACGUGGAUUCUUGAUGACACGCGCAUGCGUUUUGCCCAGCGCCACCCCACCGAUACCAGCAUCGACAGCAACGGUAACUUUCGCUACUUCCCUGGAAUCGCCGAAUCAUGGGCGAUGUCCGAAGAUCGCAAAACCGUAUAUGUACGUAUCAACCCCGCGGCAAAAUUCAGCGACGGUAUGCCUAUUACCAGUGAUGACAUGCUCUUCAGCUUCUACUUCUGGCAACAGUCGUUCAUACAGGCGCCCUGGUACAACAACAACUUCCGGCGCAAUUACACAGCCAUAACAAAGUAUGACACACAUACAUUCAGUCUCUCGCUGCCGGAAGCAAAGCCCAAUGUGAUUGGCCGAGCACUCGAGCUCGAACCAAUGCCUUUGCACUUUUUCUACGAAUUUGGUGAGGACUACGUUGAGCGUUACCAAUGGGAAUUUGUACCUACCAGCGGCCCCUAUGUACUCACCCCGGACAAUCUGAAAAAAGGCCGCUCUGUCACGCUCACACGCGACAAAGACUGGUGGGCCAAAGACCUGAAAUUCUGGCGCUACCGCUACAACAUGGAUCGCGUCAGCCUGACCGUUAUUCGAGAUCAGGCCAAAACCUUUGAGGCGUUCAAGAAAGGCGAAAUCAGUUUCGCCUCAAUCUCUUUGCCUGAAUAUUUUUACGAAAAAUUGCCCGCCACAGACGAACUGGUGACCAGUGGUCAGAUACAUCGAGCGGUUUUUUAUAAUGAUGCCCCUCGACCCACUUACGGCUUAUGGAUCAAUAGUGGUCGUCCGCUGUUGAACAACAACGAUGUAAGAGUUGGCAUCAACUACGCGACCAACUUCCAGAAAGUGAUCGACGAAUACUUCCGCGGCGACUACACGCGCAUGCGCACCAGCGCAGACGGAUAUGGUGAGUUCACUCACCCAACCUUAAAAGCGCGGGAGUUUGACGUAGAAAAAGCGCUGGCAAGUUUUGCCAAAGCAGGUUUUGUCGAACGUGGUCCCGACGGCAUUUUAGUCAACGCCAAUGGCGAGCGUUUGAGCUUCACCCUUACAACUGGUUAUGAAGCACUGAAAGACACCCUCACGAUUCUCCGCGAAGAAGCGAUGAAUGCAGGUCUGGAACUACGCCUGGAAGUGCUCGACGGCACUGCAUCAUGGAAGAAGAUUCAAGAAAAGCAGCAUGACAUUGCAUUCUCCGCAUUUAAUGUCGGUCCUGAAAUGUAUCCGCGAUAUUGGGAGACCUACCAUUCUGUCAACGCCUACGAUGCGCCCUGGCUACCGGACGGCAGUGUGAACCCCGAUAGAGAAUUAAAGCCUCAAACCAACAACCUUCAGUCUAUUGCCAACCGGGAACUGGAUCAGCGCAUUGAAGCCUACCGCGCCAGCAACAGCGUUGAUGAAAUGAAACGACUGGCAUUCGAAAUGGAAGAAAUCCUUUACGAGGAUGGUUCCUUCGUGCCUGGCUUUGUUAUCCCAUUUAUACGCGUGGCCUACUGGCGCUGGUUUAACUGGCCUGAGGAUUUCCAGGUCAAAAUCGCCAAUAGUGCAACCGAUGGACAUCUGUUCUGGAUUGACCAGGACAUGGAAAAAGAAACACGGGAUGCGCGGCGCAGCGGCAGGACAUUCGAAGUCAACGGCCAGAUUAAAGCUGUCGACGGUGUCAGCUUCAGCCUUCAAGCGGGCCGCACGCUAGGUAUUGUUGGCGAGUCUGGUUGUGGCAAAACGGUAACCGCAUUAAGCAUUAUCAAUCUGUUACCAAAACCAACAGCCGAUAUUCUCGAAGGUCAGAUCUGGUUUGAAGGUGAAGACCUGGCAAGCGUACCGAUAGAACGUCUGCACGAUAUACGCGGCGACCGUAUCGGCAUGAUUUUUCAGGAACCGAUGACCGCGCUGAAUCCUGUGCAUCGUGUCGGCCGCCAGAUCAUGGAAACACUGAAGCUGCAUCGAGACAUCAGUGAUGAGGACGCGCUCAAAACCGCCAUCAGCAUGCUGGAAAAAGUAGGUAUUCCCAGUCCGGAGGUACGUGUCAGCGAGUACCCUCAUCAAUUGUCCGGUGGCAUGCGCCAGCGGGUGAUGAUUGCCAUGGCUUUGAUCUGCGAUCCUUCAUUGGUGAUUGCAGAUGAGCCCACCACAGCCCUGGAUGUCACCAUCCAGGCACAGAUACUGGAACUGCUGCAGGAGAUGCAGAACACUUUGAACACCAGCGUCAUCAUGAUCACCCACGAUCUCGGUGUCAUCGCAGAGACCUGUGAUGACGUUCUGGUGAUGUACGCAGGCAGAGUAGCCGAACAGGGCAGCGUCGAAGAAGUAUUUAACCACCCGCUGCAUCCUUAUACCCAGGGUCUGCUGAGCUCAAUUCCAAGACUCAGCACGCCUCGCAAAACAAAGCUGCAGACCAUCGAAGGCAUGGUGCCCUCGCUGACAGAUAUGCCAUUAGGAUGCCGAUUCAACAAUCGCUGCCCUUAUGCAGACGAGUUAUGCGUCGCAAGCUACCCUGCGAUGGAUAACCAGGACACCUCUCACAAAGCGGCCUAUCAGCAGAACCCAGACAUGACCACACCGCUGCUAAAAGUAGAAAACCUUAAAGUCCAUUUCCCCGUCAAAGGGGGCAUCCUGCUGCGAGCUGCCGCAUAUAACAAAGCUGUAGACGGUAUAUCCAUUGAGUUGGAACAGGGCGAAACGCUUGGGCUCGUGGGAGAAUCAGGCUGCGGGAAAUCUACCUUUGGCAAAGCCAUUGUGCGCCUCCUGAAACCGACCGAAGGCAAAAUCACUUUUCAGGGUACAGAUGUCACCCACCUCUCCCGUAAAGCGAUGAAACCCCUGCGCCGGGAUGUGCAGAUGAUCUUUCAGGACCCGGGCGAAAGUCUGAAUAGCCGCCUGACAGUUGGCAGCCUGAUCAGCGAAGCAUUUGAUAUCCAUGGCAUAGGUGAACCCCAGUGGCGCAGAACCCGCACCCUUGAGCUGUUAGAACAGGUGGGCUUACCCGCCGCUGCUGCAGAUCGGUUCCCGUUCGAAUUUUCCGGCGGUCAGCGCCAGCGUAUCGGCAUCGCUCGCGCAAUUGCGCUGGAGCCUAAACUGAUUGUCUGUGACGAACCGGUAUCCGCUCUGGAUGUUUCGAUCCAAAGCCAGAUUCUCAACCUUCUGUUAGAUCUGCAGGCAGACAUGCAGUUGUCUUACCUGUUUAUUGCGCACGAUCUCGCUGUGGUCAAACACAUCAGUGAUCGAAUUGCGAUCAUGUAUCUCGGUCAACUUAUGGAAAUUGGUCACGCCGAUGAAAUCUACACAAACCCGGGACACCCCUAUACCCGAGCGCUGAUUGCCGCGAUUCCUGAACCGGACCCCGCGCGCCGCAAUCGACCAAAAAUGAUUCUCCACGGAGAUGUACCCAGCCCCAUCAAUCCACCCAGCGGCUGCGUCUUCCACACCCGCUGCCCCAAUGUGCAGGAUAAGUGUAAGACUGAAAAGCCGGUGCUGCGGGACAUCAUUGCUUCAGAUGGCACACCACACCAGCUGGCCUGCCAUUUCGAUCUGUAA